AUGGGCAGCGGGCGAGGGAACAUGAGCGGGUGUCUUCGGCAAGGGUCGCUUCCGGGGUUAAGUCACCCGGAAGCGGAAGAGGACAAGGGCUGUCUCCUGUCCGCCUGGCUGUCUGCGGGAGCGGCGGCGGCAGGCGGCAGUGGUGGCGGCGUCGUCGGCUCCGGGGCCGGUCCCUCGCAGCUGGUGGCCCGAGCGCCGCUGGACUCCGCGUCGGCGCGGCCGUUGUUCCCCGCCUCAGCCCGGACGGGGCGGAGAGUGAGGGGCCGCGGGCGGGCUAGAAUGGAAGAAUCUCACUUCAACUCCUCUCCGUAUUUCUGGCCUGCGGUGCCCACGGUCUCCGGACAGAUCGACAACAGCAUGUUCAUCAACAAGAUGAAGGAGCAGCUGUUACCCGCAGAGAAAGGCUGUGGCCUGGCUCCCCCCCACUACCCCGCCCUGUUGACCGUCCCCACCUCCGUGGCCCUGCCAACCAGCAUCUCUAUGGAGUCUGACACCAAGCCAGAGCAGCUCACCCCGCACAGUCAGGCACCCGUGACGCAGAACAUCACUGUGGUGCCUGUGCAGUCGGCCGGGCUCAUGACGACAGGCCCUGGCCUGGUGAUCACUUCUCCCUCUGGGUCGUUGGUGACCACUGCUUCCUCCGUGCAAACCUUCCCCAUCUCGGCGCCAAUGAUUGUCUCGGCCCUCCCGCCCGGCUCCCAGGCCGCCCUCCAGGUUGUCCCUGACCUUUCCAAGAAGGGGGGCGCUGCCCUUGCUGAGGGAGGGGCAGCCAGCGGCAUCGGAGGCAUCACUCCCAAAGCGCCCCGAGGUCGGAAAAAGAAGCGCCUGCAGGAGUCCGGCUUGCCGGAGAUGAGUGAUCCUUUUGUGCUGUCGAACGAGGAUGACGACGACCAGCACAAAGAUGGCAAGACGUACAG